AUGCCGUCCAACAGGCAACACGGCCGUGGUUUUAUCCAACAGAGAUAUGUGUUGAGCACGAUGGGCUUCAUGGCUUUGGCCAUUGGCUAUGUCCAACGAUUCUGCUUGAGUUUGGCCAUCACCGAAAUGGCUGAACAAUCGCACCAUACGGUUCACCAGAAUGCAAACUUGGGCACGGUGUGUCCGAGCAGCAGGUCAUUCGGCAACACGACUCACUUCAAAAAGGAAAUGGAAUUCGAUUGGGACGAGAAGAUCCAAGGGCUAGUGUUAAGCUCGUUCUUUUGGGGGUACGUAGUCACACAAAUGCCGGGUGGCAUGUUGGCCGACAAGUACGGAGGCAAAGCCACUUUGGGUUUGGGAAUGCUGUUUAGCAGUGUAGGUACGAUCAUAACACCUGUUGUGGCCAGGAGCUAUGGACCAGAAGCACUGAUUAUACUUCGAUUGAUUAUCGGACUCGCUCAAGGACCAUUGUAUCCGGCAAUGAGCAGGCUACUCGCUUCGUGGGUACCAGUUGAAGAACGGGGUCGAUUAGGAUCUCUGGUAUUUGCUGGAGCACAAGUAGGUAACGUUGCUUCUAUGCAGUUGGGUGGCUUUCUUAUGCGGUACACCAACAGUUGGACCAGUGUAUUCUAUGCAUUCGGAGUGUUUGGAAUAUUUUGGCUGAUGUUCUGGUUCGUAUUGAUAUACAACCACCCAAAUCGUCAUCCAUUCAUCAGUCAAAGGGAAAAACAGUAUUUGAACAGGGCGAUUAACACCGUUGAUCCAGAAGAUGGCAAGUUAUCAAUUCCAUGGAAGAGUAUUGCAACAUCAGCACCAGUGUGGGGAUUGAUCAUUGUUCAGAUAGGUCACGAUUGGGGUUUGUUCACCAUAAUUACAGAUUUGCCAAAGUAUAUGAAGUCAGUGCUGAAGUUCUCAGUAGUCGAAAACGGUUUAUUGUCUGGCUUACCAUACAUAGUGAUGUGGUUGGUAGCUAUGGGUUCCGGUUUCAUAGUAGACUCAAUGUUAUCAUCCCAGUAUUUCACAGUGACUUGCAUCCGUAAAACAUUUGUAACUAUAGCUAGUGUAGGGCCAGCACUCGGAAUUGUUGCAGCAUCAUAUUCUGGAUGCGAUAAGGUGUUAGCAGUAGCUAGCUUCACGAUAGGUAUGGGACUUAUGGGUACUUUUGUACCCAGUUUGAAAGUCAAUGCCUUAGAUCUCAGUCCCAACUAUGCUGGGACAUUGAUGGCUAUUGUGGGAACAAUCGGAUGUUUGUCUGGAGUUAUUGCACCUUAUAUUGUCGGCAUUAUGGUUCCAAAUAGUUCUAUGGAAGAAUGGCGUGAUGUGUUUUGGCUGUCUGCUGCUAUACUAAUAGCCACCAACUUGUUAUUUUUACAAUAUGGUUCAGGAAAUGUACAACCAUGGAAUGAAAAGGCAAACCGCCAGUACAAGAGUAGCGAUAUUAAUAAUGAAAAUAAUACGGAUUCGAUACUAAAACCAUUGUAA